AAAGGAGUAGUCACAGCUGAGACUCGUAACUUGGCCGCAGUCCAUCGCCCUUCUUAGGAGAUGAAGGGCAUUGCGAAGAAGAAACCCAGGCCCGGGAAAGAAGCAGCCAGGCGGGCCAGCCGCUUUGCCUUGUGAAGUCAGUGUGGUCACAGAAGUUGGGCUUUCGUCGGAGUGAGAGGGUUCCGGAGUGCGCUGCAAAAGGACCCUUGAAUGUGCUGGGAGAGAGCAGGGGGAAGCCAGGGGAGCUGGGCCACCCGCUGAACGUGAGGCACCGGGACCAAGCAAAGGAAAUAGUCGGGGCAAGUGUGUGGAGGGAGAAGUAGUGGUGGGCCAGAUCUGGAAGGUGAUUCCUCCGCUACCGCAUCAGAGCUGUGCUCCCCAUUCCUCCCCUGCCGACCCAGAGAAAGGUGGACAUCCUGCCAGCCCUGCCACAGCCCCUCCAGCCUGCAGGACACUGGGAGUGUCAGUGAGCUGAAGAGGAAGACACUGCUUUGCUGCCCGCUGGCCUAGACUCCAGGCUUUACCAUCCACGGCUGGGUGGCAGAAUGCUGUGAGGGUGCACUCAAGAUGGAGGCGGUCGGACAGCAGUAAUCGUCCUAGCAACACGACAGAGUGCCCUUGCUCCAAAGACCUCAAGGCCACAGGACCCUAUAGCCCAUAGGGAUCAGGGACAGACAUGACUGCGGUUAUUCACAGCUGCCCCUCCUGGCCUUCCAGGGAGCUCUGACGUCUGGCUCCUGUUCCAGUUGGGCUGCUCAGGUGAGAGAUGACGGUGGCCUGAGCCAGGAUGGCCCUGGAGAUGGAAAAGGAAGCCAAAGCUGUCAUCUGUUUGGGAGGUGGAGCAGUUAGGACUUGCCGAAGAACUGUAUAGAGAAUCUUCUGUUCAUCGAUCAAUGAAAGAUCCUCGGAACCAGAAUGAACAGCCCCCUCCCACCCCCGGAUCCUGCCGCAAUUGCUUUCAUCUCCUAUCGCCCGGGUGGUUGCCGCCAGUGUCCGAGACCCGGCCCGGAUUGGGCGCGGACGGUCUCGCUUCGACCCCGUAUCCCCGACAGACACCCAGGAAAUCCGUACUAAAUUAGUGACCCUGGGACCGCGUAUUCUGUGCUCCUCGCGCUAAGGUGCGCAGCCACCUUGAGUCCCGCCGAGCGGCCCGGCUAGGGAGGGGCGACAGGGGGCGGGGGUGGGCUGGCGCGGGAGAAGCCACCAACCAGGCCCACCCCGCUCACGUGACCGGGGCCCGUCCCCAGAACGGACUUCGUCACGUGACUGCGGAGCCGGCGAACGUUUUUCUCACGUGACGGAGGCGCGGGUGUGUGGACCAAUGAGGGGGCGGGGGCGGGGCUGGCGGGGGCGGUGCGCGCGAAGGAAGCCCCGGGCCUCCGCCGCGGGGGAAACCUGGAGGGGAGCCGCGAGCCGUGACCCGGUUGGGGGCCCGCCGCCGGCCAGCCGCCAGUCUUACCCCGGUCGCAGGCCAGGCCCGGCCUCCGUGCUCGGGGCAGAAUGAAGUGUCUAGUCACGGGCGGCAACGUGAAGGUGCUCGGCAAGGCGGUCCACUCUCUAUCCCGUAUCGGGGACGAGCUCUACCUGGAGCCCCUGGAAGACGGGCUCUCUCUCCGGACUGUGAACUCCUCUCGCUCCGCCUAUGCCUGCUUCCUCUUUGCCCCACUCUUCUUCCAGCUGUACCAGGCGGCCACCCCUGGUCAGGACCCACUGCGCUGUAAGAUCCUGAUGAAGUCGUUCCUGUCCGUCUUCCGCUCGCUGGUGAUGCUGGAGAAGACAGUGGAGAAAUGCUGCAUCUCCCUAAAUGGCAGGAGCAGCCUCCUGGUGGUCCAGCUGCACUGCAAAUACGGGGUGAGGAAGACUCACAACCUGUCCUUCCAGGACUGCGAGUCCCUGCAGGCUGUCUUUGACCCAGCCUCGUGCGCCCACAUGCUCCGGGCCCCAGCAAAGGUUCUGGGGGAGGCUAUUCUGCCCUUCCCCCUUGCACUGGCCGAAGUGACUCUGGGCAUUGGCCGUGGCCACAGGGUCAUCCUGCGCAGCUACCAGGAGGAAGAGGCAGACAGCACCGUCAAAGCCAUGGUGACCGAGAUGAGCAUCGGGGCGGAAGAUUUCCAGCAGUUGCAGGCCCAAGAAGGCGUGGCCAUCACUUUCUGCCUUAAAGAAUUCCGGGGGCUCCUGAGCUUCGCAGAAUCAGCAAACUUGUCUCUUAGCAUUCACUUCGAUGCUCCAGGCAGGCCAGCCAUCUUCACCAUCACGGACUCUCUGCUGGACGCCCACUUUGUCCUGGCCACACUCUCGGAGCCGUCCCUGAACUCCCAGGACCUGCGUUCCCCAGAGCUCUGCCGGCAGGCGCCUCAGCUCCAGGCUCACAGCACAUGCCACCUGGACGACUUUGCCAAUGACGACAUUGACUCUUACAUGAUCGCCAUGGAAACCACGGUGGGCAGCGAGGGUUCACGGACACUCCCCUCCAUUUCCCUCUCACCCGGCCUCCAGCCCCACUGUAACUCUGGCCCCCAAUCGGAGGAAGAAGAUGAAGCUGAGCCCAGUACAGUACCUGGGACCCCCCCACCAAAGAAGUUCCGGUCACUGUUCUUUGGCUCCAUCCUGGCCCCGGCACACUCGCCCCAGGGCCCCAGCCCUGUGCUGGCUGAAGACAGUGAGGGUGAAGGCUGAACUGAGAACCGUCUGUGUCCACAGGCCCUGGAGGAGUUGAAGCACAGCCUCCCCCUUCUCCCAGCACCAGCCAGGGGCAGGGCUGGGUCUCCACUUGAGCAGGUGGGAAAGGUGGGCUGUGUUGGAGCUGAGCCAGCUGGAACUGCUACAUCCCCAGGCCCCAGCUGGUUAGUGGUAACUGGCCUGUGUCCUGUCAUCUCCCCCCGACACCAAGCAAUCAUGUCGACGUCCAGGCUUGCUGCUGAGGGGAAGGCCACCUGAUGGGAGGUCCCUCACCUCUUACUCCAACCAUGUGGCCAGGGCUGGACGCCCACCUCCCCCAAGGGAAAAAAAAAUCACAGUGGGGCUGCUGGCCCCUCUGAUCCACCUCCUCUACCAAUCAUGCCAUCUCACCCUCAAAUCCUGGGCACACCUCUGGGAUCCCCUGUGGCUAACAGCCUGUUGUUCUUGCUUUCUCAAUACUCUCUGGCCCUGGCUUGGAAUUCUAGAAGCCCCUAUGACCUUAACGUGUGGCUGGGGUUGCCCUGGCUGAGGCCCCAUGCCCGGCAAGCCUGCCCUCCCUGGGCAAAAGGACGCCAGGCCCAGUGUUUGGGACACGGGAGACAGAGGCCAGGGUGAGAAUCCAGCUUUGACCUUUAUUCAAGAGACCAGAUGGGUUGCCCAGGAUCCGGCUGCCAGCCCUGAGGCCAAGCAAGGCUGGAGACCCACAACCUGGCCCUGCUUUGCCCUGAGCUGCAGCCUCAGCCCCAGGAUCCUGCUUGCAGCCACCGAGGCACAGGCAGGGGGAGCCCUGGGGGAUUGGACGCUGCUACUGAUUCAUUAAAAAAAAAAGAAAAAUACA